UGACAAUAAAACCAGUCCAUUUUGAGGAAAUUCAAUGGCGUUUUUGCCACAUAACGAAAUUCCCCUCCCCCGCCACUCACAAACCAAAAACAGUUCCAUGGAAAGCUCCAUGGCCUUGAGGUACCUCUCCCCUUCUCCUCCCCUUACACCUUCGCCCAGAAUAUGCUUCUUCUCAAAUAAGCUAAGACCCACUUCAGUUCCUUAUUGUCUUCUCGAAUGGAGGUCAAAACGCUUCGUGGUUUCGCGGAAAAUGGCGGUUAAAGCUUGCGUGAAGGUGGAGGAGACGAGUGCGCAGGAGAGCUCUUAUAAGAGUGAAUGGGGGAAGGUUUCGGCAGUGUUGUUUGACAUGGAUGGAGUGCUUUGCAAUAGCGAGGACCUAUCUCGAAGGGCAGCGGUCGAUGUUUUCAGCGACUUGGGCGUUGAAGUAACCCCUGAAGACUUCGUGCCAUUCAUGGGGACUGGUGAAGCAAACUUUUUAGGAGGUGUUGCCUCAGUAAAAGGGGUGGAGGGAUUUAGUCCGGAGGCAGCAAAAAAGAGGUUUUUUGAGAUAUAUUUAGAGAAGUACGCAAAACCCAACUCUGGAAUAGGGUUCCCUGGUGCACUGGAACUCAUUACUGAGUGUAAAAGCAAGGGCCUUAAAGUUGCUGUUGCAUCCAGUGCUGAUCGUAUCAAGGUUGAUGCAAAUCUAGCGGCUGCGGGGUUACCAUUGUCAAUGUUUGAUGCCAUUGUAUCAGCUGAUGCUUUUGAGAAUCUGAAACCGGCACCUGACAUAUUCAUAGCUGCAUCGAAGUUGUUGAAUGUGCCCUCAGACGAGUGCAUUGUCAUUGAAGAUGCACUAGCUGGUGUGCAAGCUGCAAAAGCUGCAAAAAUGAGAUGCAUUGCUGUUAAAACUACAUUAUCGGACGAAACUCUAAAGACUGCUGGUCCAUCACUUAUUCGAAAUGAUAUAGGAAACAUCACACUUCAUGAUAUUCUCUCUGGUGGUUCUGAUGCCUAUAAUGAGAAGAUGCAGGGACCUCAAUUUAUUCAAACCUCUGCUGAAAUUUCCCCACAAAAAUAUACCUCAGACAUCGAUGCAACAUCCGUACAGGACUCAGAUACUGCAAGUGAUGGUUUGUUGUCGUUUGGAAGGUUGCAGGGUACUAGACGAAAUCUAGUGAGAUAUGGAAGCUUGGGCAUUGCUUUUUCUUGUCUCAUAUUUACCGUUACAAACUGGAAGGCAAUGCAGUAUGCAUCUCCUAAAGCUAUUUGGAAUUUGUUAUUUGGAGUUAACCAGCCUUCUUUUCAAAAUUAUGUAAGCUCAGGUGGUCCAGGAAGUGAAAGAAUCCAACGAUUUAUGGAUUAUAUAUCAGAUAUAGAAACCAGAGGAACUGCUCCAGCUGUGCCAGAAUUUCCAUCAAAACUUGAUUGGCUAAAUACUUCUCCCCUUCAGUUCCGCAAGGAUUUGAAAGGAAAAGUUGUUCUCCUGGAUUUUUGGACCUAUUGUUGUAUAAAUUGUAUGCACGUGUUGCCAGACCUGGAAUAUUUGGAAAAGAAGUACAAUGACAAGGCGUUUGCAGUAGUUGGAGUCCAUUCUGCAAAGUUUGAGAAUGAAAAAGAUUUAGAAGCUAUCCGCAACGCAGUCUUACGCUAUGGCAUUACUCAUCCAGUUGUUAAUGAUGGGGACAUGUUUUUGUGGCGGGAGUUGGGAAUUAAUUCAUGGCCAACAUUCGCUAUUGUGGGACCCAAUGGAAAGCUUCUUGCACAGAUAUCAGGCGAAGGACGUAGAAAGGAUCUUGAUGAUUUUGUGGAGGCAGCUCUUCUGUUUUACAGUGGAAAGAAGAUCCUUGACAGCAGACCACUGCCUUUGAGAUUGGAAAAGGAUAAUGAUCCCCGUUUAAUUACAUCUCCAUUGAAGUAUCCUGGGAAACUGGCAAUUGAUAUUCUUAACAACAGGCUCUUCAUAUCAGACAGUAAUCAUAAUCGCAUAGUGGUAACUGAUCUAAGUGGGAAUUUCCUUUUACAAAUUGGGAGCACUGGAGAGGAUGGUCUACGUGAUGGUACUUUUGAUGAUUCCACCUUUAAUCGCCCUCAGGGCUUGGCUUAUAAUGCAAAAAAGAAUCUACUAUAUGUUGCUGAUACUGAGAACCAUGCCUUGAGGGAGGUCGACUUUGUUAAAGAGACGGUGCGUACACUUGCAGGAGAUGGAACUAAAGGCUCCGAUUACGAAGGGGGAAGAAAAGGAAUAUCUCAGCUUCUCAACUCUCCUUGGGAUGUUUGCUUUGAGCCUACUAAUGAAAAGGUCUACAUUGCUAUGGCUGGCCAACACCAGAUCUGGGUGCAUGAUACUUUAAGUGAAGUAACUAAAUCAUUUAGCGGCAAUGGAUUUGAAAGGAAUCUAAACGGAUCCAGUUCUACAAGUACAUCAUUCGCUCAGCCCUCUGGACUUUCCUUAUCUCCUGAUUUGUCGGAGAUUUAUAUUGCUGACAGUGAGAGUAGCUCCAUCCGAGCAGUUGAAUUAAAAACAGGUGGAUCAAGAUUGUUAGCUGGUGGUGACCCGGUUUUCUCAGACAAUUUAUUUAAGUUUGGAGACCAUGAUGGUGUGGGAUCUGAGGUACUACUUCAACAUCCAUUGGGGGUAUUAUGUUCGAAGGAUGGUCAAAUCUAUAUAGCAGAUAGCUAUAAUCAUAAGAUCAAGAAGCUUGAUCCAGUCAGUAAAAAAGUAAUUACAAUAGCUGGAACAGGAAAAGCUGGUUUCAAGGACGGGACAGCCCUAGCAUCUCAGCUUUCAGAGCCAUCUGGAAUCACUGAAGCUGGAGGAAGACUUUUCAUUGCUGAUACAAACAACAAUGUUAUCAGAUAUUUAGAUCUGAACAGAGAAGAAGCUCAACUCUUAACUUUGGAGCUGAAAGGAGUUCAACCUCCAAAUCCGAAAACAAGAUCUCCUAAACGAUUGCGUAGACGUUCACCUGACACUCAAACAAUCAUCGUUGAUGGGGGCUCAUUCAGUGAGGGCAACCUAUCGCUUAAAAUAUCAUUGCCAGAAGAGUAUCAUUUCUCAAAGGAAGCUCGCAGUAAAUUUAGUGUUGAUAUUGAGCCUGAGAGUGCAUUAUCUAUUGACCCACCAGAAGGGUAUCUUAGUCCAGAAGGAUUUGCUAAUCUUCAUUUUAGGAGAUCCUCUCCUGCAGCUUCACUUGGAAGAAUAAGUUGCAAGGUUUACUAUUGCAAGGAAGAUGAGGUGUGUCUAUAUAAAUCACUGUUGUUUGAGGUACCCUUUCGUGAGGAAUUGUCAGAAACUAGCCAGGCCAAAAUCACGCUCGCCUUUGAAGUGAAGCCAAAUACUUCAACAAGCAGCUUGCCACUAUAAUACUCUAGUAACACAUGAAUAUAUAUAUAUAAAAGCAGUCUUUCAUUGCUUGGUUUGAUUACUAUAAAGUAAAAGUAUCAUUUUUUGGUGAUCCUCAGAAGAAGAUUGAAAAAAAAAAAAACAAUUGCUAUGACAGCAUUUGAUAAAUAUAAUUAAAUAAAAAUUACAUUUGCUUGAAGCAAACAUUUUGAUUGAUACGAAGAAGCUUUAUUUAUUUAUUUUUUUUAACCAUAGUUUAUCAGGAAGAUUGAACUGAAUACUAUUAAGUUCAGUUCCAAACCCUUGCCAUGAAGGUACUUGGGAUUGACGAAGCUUUACAAGAAAUUAGUGGGGUGGGCCAUGAGCAUAAUGCAAGAUACUUGGCCUCGACCACCUCAUUAAAAAAAAAAGAUCUCUUUAUAAUUUCUUGACAUGUACAUUUUCAUUGUACAAGAGAGUAUCAAUGAUUCAACUAAGGGAGAUGCAAAAAGGGGAGGGGGACAGUUGGUAAGAUUAAUUGCUUCUUGUCCCAAACUGUUGAAAUCGGUGAGUUUUCAGUUGGAUGUCAUGUUCCUCAAACAAUCAUAUAAUGCCUGUUAGAUCUGGACAAUUCAAUUGUUGCUUUUUUGUUUUCUAUCUAUUACAUCAAAAUUUUGAACACCAGACAGAAUUUUUCUUAUGACUUGACAUCAGGUGCCUUCCAGUCGUGCAUGUGAAUCUUAGUUGCGGUUAGGCGAUCUGUCAUCAUCACGGUUCGAGUAGCGGGAACAUCUCGUCGUCGUUAUGUUUUAAAGUCCAAGAGAUUUGGAACUAAACGGUAAAGUUUUGCUGUGCAGAAACUGGUUUCAGCAGGGUUCGACAACAGAAAACCAAAGCAGGUAACAAUUGCCAAAAAAGUUUGGCGUUUCUUCAGGUUAGAUAUCACUGGUACGUUAGAAUGAAUGAAAAACAUUCAAAUUUUAGGGCCAAAUCCGUGACAUAUGAAACAAAGAAAUGGUUUACUUGUCAACUUCAUAUCAAUUAUUAGGAAAUGAGAGACAUAUUAUUAUUA